ACGAAUUCCAGCAAACAACAAAUUUUUAAUGUCAGAACUCAGAAAACUCCAUCUACCAGGUAGAUUUGUAAUUUCUGAAGCUUAGCAGACUCACCAUCUCCUCAAACACUGACACUCUGCAGAACAUUUAUGUGGGGAUGAAGAAAAAGGCUCUGCUGGCAUACAAAGGACUUGUGAUAUCACUGUGAUUUUGUUUCAUUUGCAACUGGAGACUAAAUGACACCAGGCAGAAUCUGCUGUUAGGUUAGAUUACAAGGAUACUUUCUGAGACCGCAAAACCAUGCAGGCUACAUCGUUAGUCUAUUAUUUCCUGCUUGUCUCUCUGUGCAUUGAUUUUUCUCAAAAUGAAACUAAUGCACUUCUCAGGAGGCAAAGGAGAAGAAUGCACUACAAAGGAUUGAGAAGGAACUCCUCAGCAGGGCACAGAUCCCCAAGACAGCCAAGGAUGAAGCCUCCAGCUCCUGUUGCUGUAGUACCCAGCAUACCUCUUAUUGAUAUUGAUGACAGUGUUAUGGGAGUAUUCGACUCUCUCAUAGGUUUGGGUGGACAUGAAUCUAGUUACGAUGUUUUACCAGGAAAGAAGGGGCACUGCACAGCUAAUGGCAUGAUGAUGUAUGAUAAAGCCGUCUGGUCUCCCAAGCCCUGCAUUACCUGUCUCUGUUCAAAAGGAGAAGUGAUAUGUGAUACCACCAUGUGCCACCCUCUGAAAUGUCCCAAAACUAUUAUACCUGCAGGAGAAUGCUGCCCGAUUUGUUCUGAUAUUGCCUCCUCUUUGGAUUCAAGUAUUAUUUCACUGGAUGACAUAAGUGAGUUGUCUGGUGAUUCUCCAGAACCCAAUGACCUUGACAACGUCAAUGUAUUCUCAUCAGCACAUACUCACGCUGAAAAAGAUCAACUGCUUAGAACAGAAGUGGUAGAGAUUAAAGAGAAAGAGGGUCGUAAAAAGGAUGAAAAGAAAAGAAAAAGGAAAGGCAAAAAAAAUCAAUGGAAGUAUAAAGCCUAUCACAGAGAAAAGAAACCUAUCACAAGAAAGGGAGCUACAGAAGAAGAAAUACAAUAUGAAAGCAAAGAUGACGAUGGUACUUUCAGAAUGCCAUCUCAUUUCCCAAUUCCUGUUUCACCCAUAGAAGCUCCUCCUUUGCCAUCUGGAUGUUCCACCUUGGACACUACAGUAAGCUGUAUUAAUGCCAAACUUACACAAAUACCACUAAUCUCAGAUCCAGAUCUAACAAGUCUAGACCUUACAGGAAACAGUAUCACUGCUAUCUCAGAUGAAGCAUUCAAUGGGAUACCUAAUUUAGAAUGGAUUGAUCUGAGUAAAAAUAAUAUCACCUCUCCUGGCAUAGGUCCACGAGCAUUCAAAAUCCUGAAAAAGCUAAAACGUUUGUAUUUGGAUGGAAAUAAGCUGGUACAUAUACCCUCUGAAUUGCCAUCAACUUUAGAAGAAAUAAAAAUAAAUGACAACCGCCUUCAUGCCAUUGAUGAAGAUGGCUUACAAGAUUUAGAGAACUUGGUCACCCUGGAAUUAGAAGGAAAUAAACUUAGUGAAGCGAAUGUCAGUCCUUUGGCCUUUAAUCCUUUGAAAAGUCUCUCGUAUUUGCGACUGGGAAGAAAUAAAUUUAGAAUUAUCCCACAAGGUCUUCCUGCCACUCUUGAGGAGAUAUACCUUGAAAAUAAUCAAAUUGAAGAAGUGUCAGAAAUUUGCUUUAACCAUACCAGAAACAUAAAUGUCAUUGUGCUAAAGCACAACAAAUUAGAAGAGCACAGAAUAGCACCUUUGGCUUGGAUAAACCAAGAGAACUUGGAAUCGAUUGACCUCUCUUAUAAUAAGUUAUAUCAUGUUCCCUCCUAUCUGCCAAAAUCUUUACUACAUCUGAUACUUGUAGGAAAUCAGAUUGAAAGAAUUCCAGGAUAUGUCUUUGGUCACAUGAAGCCAGGGCUGGAGUAUCUCUACCUGUCCUUUAACAAACUUACUGAUGAUGGAAUAGAUCCAGUAUCAUUUUUUGGAGCAUAUCACUCUCUGAGAGAGUUGUUUUUGGAUCACAAUGAAUUAAAGUCUGUACCAUUUGGAAUUGAUGAAAUGAGAAAAUUACAUUUUCUAAGACUGAACAAUAAUAAGAUAAGGACCGUCCCUCCAGAACGCAUCUGCAGGCCUCAUAUCAAUGAUGAUGAUAAUCAUGACAAUAGCGAAGAGGAGGAAAAUGAAGAGUCACGUUUAGAACACGUUCAUCUUGAAAACAACUAUAUCAAUACAAGACAGCUAUCACCACAUGCAUUUUCAUGCAUAAGAUCCUACUGCAGUGUUGUUCUUAAACCACAGAAGACCAAAUGAACACCCAACUUUUGCACUGCAACUCCUAUCUCUAGAAGCACAGCUUUAUUUAUUCUCUGCUACUAACAGGCCUGCUUAUUUCUGAUUUAAAUCCUUCUUACUACUAUAAAUAAGAAACAGUAUAUUAUAUACUGAGGUAAGGUAAUAGCGUGUUUCUUAAUAAAAUUUCAUUACAAAAACAUUAGAUGUAAAAAUAGAAGCUCAGGAUCAUGUAAUAUUUUUACUUAAACACAAUAGAUCAAACUGUGCCCCCAGAUAUACCCUCAGUAAGAUCAUAUUUUAGAAAAGAAUAUAACUAAACCCUCAACUUGGUCCUGACUUACUUGAUUAAAUUAAUUUAAAACAUUUUAAAUGGUACCAUCAUCUUUAAAAAUUAUACAAAUUAAAGUCCUUGAGCUAUGAACAUUCUAGCAGUACAAGAAUCAAAUUUCUUAAAUCGUACAUGGUACUGGAUUUUCUACCAAACAUUUUGCAGUGAUAAAUUAUCUUCCAACCAAAAUUUCAAGCAAAAUGUUGAAUUGUUUGUUUCAGAUUACCCUGAAAACUUCCCAUAUUCAAAUAAAAAGGCUGAUGAGUUAGAGCAAUUAAUUUCUAUAUGGAUACAUUUUUCUUUCUUAAACAAAAGUUUAUUUGAAUUUUAACUUUUUUUUAAACUCAGAGAGUAGUAGGUCCCGUUCAUUUGUACAAUAGUUAGCUUGCUAGCUUUUUAUACUGUAUAGGAACAGGAUCAUGUUGCCCAAUUAGGGGCCUAAUUAGACUUCCUUGAAACUUUGAAAUAUUCAGUUAGUGGUUAUUUGAAAGCUUCUAGGUAAUCAUAAAUCACAACUUCAGAGACAAUGUUGAUUAAGCAGUUUCAGUAAGACAUUUGAUACGAAUGUCUGCUUAGGUACACAAUAGUAAACAUUUACAAAUAGAUCUGUUUCCCUAGAAAGGAGUUCAGUCUCUUGAAGAUUUUUAUAAUGUCUGAGUUCAAAGAAAAGAAGCAUUUUUAAUAGUCCACUCCAGAUUUUAAUAUUAUAUUCUUUCUCUAAAGUGACCAAAAAAUUUGAUAAAAAGUAGUUAAUAUUUUUCUUUUUAAAGAACAAUUUUAAAAAAUCAAAGCAAUUCUAACAUCUUUCACAUUUAUUGAAUUCUACAUUCCUUUCUUAUGAGAGUAAGCUAGCAGUAGGAAAUUAUUACAGAUCUCUGGCAAGUAAUUAUUCUUCAUGCAGUCACUCUCCACUUUCUCCCGGGCUAUUCUGUGAGUCAUAAAACAAUCUGUACUCUGUUUUCUUCAGUACUAUAGGUAUGCUGUCUAAUAAUUUCUUCUUCAUACUGAAUUGGAACAAAGGAUUAAAUGGCUUAAAACAGGGAUUGACUUUUUAAAGCACAUUAAAAGCUGUAAACAACUGCACAUCACAGAACCUUCUAUGGACACAUAUUAACUAAUUAACUGUAAUUUUAUUGCCCUCACUCUGGAAGUGAAGAUUUCACUAUGCAUUUCCCACACACCCCAAUCUACAGUCAACAGACAUGUCAUAUAAUCAGCAUAAGCAUACUGUUCGCACAACAUUUAACGUCUCCAAACAUAUUUUUUUAGCAUAAUAGACAGCAUAUAUGAACACCUGAGUUUUGUUUUCUCUGAAGCUAUAUAAUCAUGAUAAAACCAAAAUCACACUGUUCUAUCUCAAAGUUCUCUCUUACUCAGAUAAAUUAUUACCUGCAAGGCAGGAUGGUACUUCAUCUGCAGUGAGCCAAAACAUAAUGAAUUUCCUGUAAGAAACAAUUCUAAAGAUAUGUGGAUUUCUGUACAAAGAUUGCUUUGGAUAUUUUGUUUGGUCAAGUAUGGUCAGAUGUCAUCAUACCUUAGUGAUUUGCUAAGUUUGGUAAACAACGGGGACAUCAACAGGCUGAAUUUUUACAUAAAAUGUUCUGGUUUGGGUGCUUUGAUUUCAUUGCUUCUGCACUAUCAACAUUAAAUUCCUUCCUUCCUUUUGACUUUGGCUAAUACUUUGGCUAAUAUUUCUUUGUCAAACACCAUUAAGUUCCCAAACUACUGUUUUAAGAGACUAAAAAAACCUAAAUUAUUAAAAUGAAUACUUUCAGUUCUAUUGCUAAAUAACUUCAGACUUUGCAACACUGCUGAGCAGUUCUUUCAGAAGCUUUACUAAGCAUUUUGAAUACACAGAUUGACCCAAGGAGGGAUUUCCAGAUAAACAAGCUGCUGUAUUACACCAUUUUAUGCAUUCUUACAAUAAAUUUAAGCAAACACCAUGGAUUGUUAUAAUUAUUUUCAUACAAAUAGAAUACUUUUCUAAUCAAAACAUUCAGACUACCCACUAGAAGAUCUCCACUGGAUUUGCAUGUGAUAACACUGCUAAAAUACAGACGACUAAAGAUUUAUUGCAAUCAUUAAUAUAUUUUUUCUCCAAUAUGCACUUUUUCACACUUAAGAUAUCAUAAAAGUUACUUUUAUGCAAGUAAUUUGUCUAAGAUUUUUCCCUUGGUCGUUUAAUACAAUGAGUAUCAAGCUUGCCUAGAAGUAUGCUGUGAUAAGUUGUUCCUACAAGAAGCAUUCAAUAACAUAACAUGACCUAAAGUAAGGUUAUGGUGCAAAUAUAACGCCACAGUAGUGAGACAGAGAGACGGAAGGAAAACCGUUUUGGAAUUGGAACACAACAGUAGCAGAGGCAGAAGACCAAGAAGGAGAAAGAAGCCAAGGGAUUGAAGGGUACACAACAAAUGGAUGGUUACUCAAUAUACAUUGGCAACUGAACCUGGAUAACAUUUCCAUAUGUCAAAUGCAAGCAGUUUAAGACUGUUUACUCUUCAAAAUUACCAACUACAUUGGAAGCAAAAUGGGCCUGAUUAUGAAAAAUCUCACUACUUUUUAACAGUGACCCUCAAAGGAUUU